GAUCAGAGUCAGUAAACCAGCAGCUGAACUGGGACGAGGUGGUCCAGACUCGGUACACCGGGACCUGUAGCGAGUCUUUCCUGCAUAGACUCGGUAAAACGGGGCCUGCUGCGAGUCUCAAUUGCACAGACUUGGUGGACUGAGAUCAGUUGCGAGUGCUCUCGGCUCCUGACCGGACCCAGUGAGCUCACCGCGGUCUCCCCCCUCGGAUACGCACGGAGUUGUUCGUCCGGAGCCGAACGGGAUCCGUUUUCCACCCCAAUUUCUGCGACACAGCAACAUUCGAUCUCUGUGGAAAUGUCGGAGAACAAGCCGAGCGACGACUCGAAGUUGUCCACGACGGAGCGGGUGGUGAAAUCUGUCCCUUUUCCUCCAUCUCAUCGUCUGACUGCUAAAGAGGUGUUCGACAGCGAGGGGAAGCCCAAGGUGGAUGUCCUGAAAGCCCACCUGACUAAGGAAGGCAGAGUAGAAGAGUCUGUGGCGCUGAGGCUUAUUGGUGAAGGGGCUGCGAUCCUGCGCGCUGAGAAAAACCUGCUGGACAUUGAGGCCCCGGUCACAGUGUGCGGUGACAUCCAUGGUCAGUUCUUUGACCUGAUGAAGCUGUUUGAAGUAGGAGGAUCGCCUGCUUCUACACGCUACCUGUUCCUGGGAGACUACGUCGACAGAGGCUACUUCAGUAUCGAGUGUGUUCUCUACCUGUGGGCCUUGAAGAUCCUCUAUCCCAAAACGUUGUUCCUGCUGCGUGGGAACCACGAAUGUAGACAUUUAACAGAGUAUUUUACCUUUAAGCAGGAAUGUAGAAUUAAGUAUUCGGAGCGGGUGUAUGACGCAUGUAUGGACGCCUUCGACUGCCUUCCCUUGGCGGCUCUCAUGAACCAGCAGUUCCUGUGUGUGCACGGUGGACUGUCUCCAGAAAUCACAAAUCUGGACGACAUCAGGAAAUUAGACAGAUUCAAGGAGCCUCCAGCGUACGGGCCCAUGUGUGACCUGCUAUGGUCUGACCCUCUGGAAGAUUUUGGAAACGAGAAGAGUCAAGAACAUUUCACCCACAACACGGUGCGAGGAUGCUCCUACUUCUAUAGCUACCCUGCAGUCUGUGACUUUCUACAACACAAUAAUUUAUUAUCCAUCAUUCGAGCCCAUGAGGCGCAGGAUGCUGGGUAUCGUAUGUACAGAAAGAGUCAGACGACUGGCUUCCCCUCACUCAUCACCAUCUUCUCUGCUCCGAAUUACCUGGACGUCUACAACAACAAAGCGGCGGUGCUGAAAUAUGAGAACAACGUGAUGAACAUUCGACAGUUCAACUGCUCGCCUCAUCCAUACUGGCUGCCCAAUUUCAUGGAUGUGUUCACCUGGUCCCUUCCCUUUGUGGGAGAGAAAGUGACAGAGAUGCUGGUCAAUGUUCUGAGCAUCUGCUCCAACGACGAGCUGACCACUGAUGAAGAGCUGGACGGUGCCACUGCUUCAGCUCGAAAGGAGGUGAUCCGUAACAAGAUCCGCGCUAUUGGUAAGAUGGCUCGAGUCUUCUCCGUCCUCAGAGAGGAGAGUGAGAGUGUCCUGACUCUAAAGGGUCUCACACCCACUGGCAUGUUACCUAGCGGAGUUCUGUCUGGUGGAAAAGAGAAGCUGCAGAACGCUACUAUUGAGGCUAUUGAGGCUGACGAAGCGAUCAAAGGCUUCUCGCCGCAGCACAAGAUCACGAGCUUUGAAGAGGCCAAGGGUCUGGACCGCAUCAACGAGAGGAUGCCGCCUCGACGAGACACGCUGCCGUCCAACGCCAGCCUCAACUCCCUGAACAAGGCACUGUCCACCGAGACCAACGGCACCGAUGCCAAAGGCGGCACCAGCGUCCAGUAAAGUGGGGCAGGAGUUUGCGACAUCCCAGCCCCGCCCCCUGCCUCAUCAUGGCCGGCUGCCAUCGUAGAGGAGGAGGAGCCUGAAGGGGCGAAGAGUUUCACCUGCCUUCAAAACCUUAGUUCAGCAUCAUACCUGCUCUGUUCCCGCAGUUCGACCGUCGCACGCGGGCGUCCGAGAGCGAGAGAUCUUAACGUUUGUUUUCCGGCUUCCUUACACCACAUUUAGCUUCUUACUAACUCUCGUACGUUUACAAGAACACAGCACUAAGAAAAGGACAGAACACAAGAAAACAUUUUUGAGGUGUAAAAACUGAAUGCAGACUAUUUAUUGAUACUUAUUGUUUUCUUAUGAAAAAUGGCUUUGAGUUUAAUUAGGCAGUCUUAAAAAUGUUGUGUUAAAAAUGCCAAAAAUGGAACGUUUAUGGUUUGUACAUAUUCUGCUUACCUCAGGUUCUUUUGGUUUUGUGCUUUGACCUGAUUUCUGUAAAAUGGCGAAACUUGGUAAUGAAACCUUUUUUUCUUGAGCUUCAAUAACUGGAAUUUAUCAAUUUAUCAUCUGCAAACAUGUUUAUUAUUUGUGUCUUUUGGAAGGGUGGGGGCGGGCGGGUCGGGUGUAUCGUGGCUGGAACUGAGUGUUCAUUUUCUCUUUUUAAGUAUUGCGAACAAAGUAAAUAUAGAGAGGCUAUAUUGUAUAAAAAGAAUAAAAGUGUCUGCCUAUGCAUGUUUUCUAAAAAUCACAGAAUGGAACUAGAAACAUCUGAAGGCUGUUUUGAACUUUACUGCGCUUUAGUGAACAUUUACUGGAAAACCUGCGAACUUUAACCAACUCCACGAUGUUGAUGCCUUCUUUUGUAACGGAAGCAUUUAAGUCCCAAGACGGAUGAGGAACAGUCCGAUAAGCAUGUUUGGGUCGUUGUGUGGUGACGUGUGCAUGAUUAUCUGUCGGUGUCAAAUUAACCGCUCACUGGGUUCUGCUCUGUCAUAGUCAAUGUGCCACAGGAAGUGACAUCAUCAUCAUCAUCAUCACCACCACCACCACCAUCUUUGUAUAUCAGUUACAGGUUUGAUACUUCGCUCGAUACUUUAAACACAAAAAUUCUUUGAUCUUUUUUAAGAACUGCUUAAGUGCCCGAGUAAUUCACUACAGACAUGAAGCCUUGCUUUUGUAAUGGACGGUUGGCAGACGAGGCGCAUGCAACUAUGAAAAUAAGUAUUUUAUAUGACUGUUCAAUAAAAAUGUGCAUGAAUUUCAACUUCAAA